UUAAUUGUACAUUUGUGUUAGUAAUGGUUAACUUAUCACCAUCAAUGCUGAUAAACACUGAUAAAAUAUUAAGAAGUAUUAAUUAAUAUUUGUUUAAAAUGGCAACCGGAGACGAUAGACGCGUGGCACUAAUUACGGGUAUUACUGGACAAGAUGGUUCUUAUUUGGCUGAAUUUUUAUUAGAAAAGGGAUACGAUGUGCAUGGUAUUAUUAGGAGAGCAAGUUCCUUUAAUACUGCUCGUAUUCAGCAUUUAUACGAGGAUCCUAAAUGCCAUCGUCAGGGUAAAAUGAAAUUACAUUAUGGAGAUAUGACAGAUUCGAGUAGUUUGGUCAAAGUAAUCAGUUCGGUGCAACCAACUGAGAUAUAUAAUCUUGCAGCUCAAAGCCACGUUAUGGUUAGUUUUGAAGUAAGCGAGUAUACAGCAGAAGUAGAUGCCGUGGGUACAGUGAGAUUAUUAGACGCGAUAAGAACGUGUGGUUUAGAAAAAUCUUUAAAAUUUUAUCACGCAUCGACUUCUGAACUUUAUGGUAGGGCAGUAGAAGUACCACAGAACGAAAAAACUCCAUUCUAUCCACGUUCCCCAUAUGCAUGCGCCAAAUUGUAUAGCUUCUGGAUCGUAGUCAAUUAUAGGGAGGCUUACAAUAUGUUUGCUUGCAAUGGUAUAUUAUUCAAUCACGAAAGUCCUAGAAGGGGGGAAAAUUUUGUAACAAGAAAAGUUACAAGAUCUAUAGCAAAGAUACAUUUGGGGUUGCAAGAUGUUCUUGAAUUAGGAAAUCUCGACGCUAAAAGAGACUGGGGUCACGCUAAGGAUUACGUAGAAGCAAUGUGGCUUAUGCUUCAACAAUCAACCCCAGACGAUUAUGUUAUAGCCACGGGAGAAGCUCACAGCGUAAAAGAAUUUGUAGAGGCUGCAUUCCAGUACGUUGGACGUACUAUUAAAUGGGAAGGAGAAGGGGUUAACGAAACAGGGAAAGACGCGGACAGCGAAAAAGUAUUAGUACGAAUUAAUCCGAAAUAUUUCCGACCUACGGAAGUUGAUGUUCUCUUGGGUGAUGCUACUAAAGCCAAAGAGAAAUUUGGGUGGAAACCGACGAUUACAUUCGAGGAAUUAGUUAAAGAUAUGAUGGACUUCGAUCUAAAUCUAAUGAGAAAAAAUCCAAAUGCUUAGUGACAUUUUACUUUAGCAUAGAUAAUUACGGAAAGGUAUGAAAAAUGUCCUAUAUCUUUGCAUAUUGUGUUACGUAUGCUAUAGCAUAUAUUUAUUAUAAAUAAUUAACACGCCAGUGUCACACAUUACUGCAUUUAUAUCUACAAAAUAAGAAUAGUCAAAUUGUAAGGUAAGAAAGUUAUAGGAUUCUUUUUCAAGUAUUAUAAAUUGUACAACAAACGCGGACUAGCAUGAACGCGAUCGAUCGUUCAUUUACAAAGUAGUUUUUAUAUAGAAUUUACGCAAUACAAGAAACACAGACAUUCAUUUGAUAGCAUUUGAAAAAAUAACGCGUUCUCUUUUAUCACAUUUGGUAUGAGUCAGUAAAGAGGCGCGAGUAUGCUUGCGUGCGCGUGUGCAAGGAACCGAUGACUGUUUAUAAAUUGAUUUAAAAGAAACUAAGGCUUCUUGCGAGGCGUGUAUAUAAAUAUAAGAUAUUUUUUACUAAAGCUUAACAUACAAGCUCUGCGCACAAACGGUAAGAGAAGCUGCGUAUCACCGUUUUAUUAACUGUCUUCCACCAAAGUAACGGCUUUCACGUCGUAGUUUCAUUUGUACCUAAUAUAUGUAAUUACAAUGUAAUCUAUAUUGUAUAUUGUACGCUAGCUUUGUUAUACAUUUUAGUCCUCUGUAUAUAGAAGAAAAAAAACGAAAACAGCAACGCUAUAUGGAAGAAAUGGAACACGUUCUUUUUCUCUCUUUCAUUUUUUCUCUUUCUCUUUAAUAAAUAGAUAUAAGA